AUGAAUCAAUCACUUACAAAGAACGACAUUUUGAGAUUAAUAAAACAACGUGAUAAGUCAAUUGUUUUUCGUAAACCGAAGAAAUCUUCAAAAUCAUCUCCAGUAUGGGAACAUUUUUGUAUUAUUGUUGUAAAUGAUAUUGAACAAGGAUUUGUUUGUUGUGAUCACUGCAAAGAGUUGUUAGUUUAUCGUCAACGUGAUGGUACAACGUCUAUGGCAAAACAUAAACGUUCAUGUCAUGCUAGUUUAACAAGUUCAAGUAGCUGUUCAGAUGGUCAAUUAUCAGUUACACAAUAUUUCACAUCGUCUAAAAGUUCUAAUGUACCAAAAGGAAUUAAAGAUAAAAUCAAAUUGGCUUGUACUGAAUUUACAGCAUUAGAUUGCCGAGCUUUUGAAUUAGUUACAGGUGAAGGAUUUUUAAAAAUGGCACAAAGUAUAUUUGAUGCUGGGCGAUAUUUUAGUCAUUUAUCGAACAUCAAUGUUAAAGAGUUAAUUCCAUCACCAAUUACAAUUAGCCGCAAUAUAGAUCGUUUAUAUGAAGAGAAGAAAGUUGAUUUAUUAAACUUAUGUUCCAGUAUGACAAGUUAUUGUAUUAUAUGUGAUUUUUGGACAGAAAAAUUUACUGGCCUUUCUUAUUGUGGUUUGGCAUUACGCCAUGUUACAAAAGAUUUCAAAUUAUUAAACUUUAUUCUUGGAUGCUUUUUAUUUGAUUCAGAAUCGCAGUCAGCUAGCAAUAUUCGUGCAUUCGUUGAUUCACAAUUAUUAUCAUUUGGAUUGGUUUUAAAUAGUAACAUUUUUGUUGUCACAGACAACGAGAACAAAAUGCGAGCUGCAUUUAAAGAACGAUGUAUUCGUGUAGGAUGUUCUAUUCACUUUGUAAACAAACAAUUAGAACACUCAUUCACAUCACUUGAAAUUGAUAAACAACCUGUUAAAUGUGAUAAAGCACAAAAUCUUUUUGGUAAUGCAAAACGAAUUGUUACACAUGUACGUCGAUCACAUCGACAAAUAAAGCUAGAAAGAAAAUUACAGUUAUAUUCGGAUACACGCUUUAAUGGUGCAUUUUAUAUGUUAGAAGUUUUUUUUAAUGUUUAUGAUGAAUUAGCUGGUGUUAUAAAUAAAAAUCUAAUCGAUUCUUUAGGUGCUAUUGAUAAAGAUUUAUUAGAAGAAUUAUGUGGUUUUCUGAAACUUUUCGAUCAAGCUAUUAUUCAAUUAAGUGAUGAAGAUAAACCAACUAUACAUCAAGUUAUUCCGAUUCGACAGUUAUUAAUUAAUCAUUGUGGAAUUAAAUAUGAUGAUAGUGAUGGACUCAAAGAAGUGAAACAUUUUCUUGGUGAACGUAUAAAAUCAAUAUGGAUUCCUCAAGAUCAACAUUAUAUGUCCACCUUACUUCAUCCUUCAUUGAAACACUUUCAUAUAGCACCACAUGAAAAAAAUAAAGCAAUUAAAUUAGUCAAACAACAGUUGUUGAAACGUACAUCAAUACCAGUAGUUGUUGCUGCUACUGAUUCACAAACAGGAACAUCAACUACAUCAAGCACAUUUAAUACAUCAACAGCUGUUCCUUCGAAUGAUUUGUUAGGUCGUUGUUUUGAUCAAUCUCAACCUGUUGUUAAACUAGCAAAUGAAUUAGAUGAUUAUAUGUUAUUAGAAACACAACUUCAUGAAACAGACGAUGUGCUUUUAUUCUGGAAAGAAAAUGCUAAAAACUUUCCAGUACUAUCAUCAAUUGUCCGUGAUAUAUUCGCUAUACCUGCUUCUAAUACAAGUGUAGAGAGGUUAUUUUCUUCAUCGAAAAAUACUGUUACUGAUAGAAGAACCAGUCUAGCCGCUGAAAAAGUUAAUAAAUUGUUGUUCCUUCAAAAGAAUCUCUUUUCCUUAGCACAAAUAAAUGAAAAAAUACAGAUGCAAAAACAAGAACAGUCGAAAAGAAGAUUAUCAACAGUUGAUGAUGAACAGAUGUUAGUCUUCAAAAACAGAGAAGAUUCAACUUCAACAACAUCAAUAAAAAAAAUUAAGAAAACUGAUAGUUGUGAUUUUUCAUCUGAUGAUAACUACGAUAUUAUCAACAAUAUCAUUGAAUGAAAUGAAACAUUGUUUGCUUUAUAUAUUUAUAAUGAUUGAGAGAUUUAGAUAUUGUGUUCAACAAGUUCUAUUGUUUUUUUUUCUAUUUUUUAUAAGUUAAUUUAUAAUUACUUUUUGAAUAAAAUGAACGACAACUCAAAACAUAUUUUAAAAAAGUCAUUAUUUGUAUGAAAUCACUUUUUUGAACCCGGAUCCGGUUAUAACAAACUUCCAGACCCGGAACCGGACCCGAAUAUAAAAAAAUUUCAGACCCGAACCCGGAUCCGGACCCGAUUAUAAAAAAUCUUCAGACCCGGACCCGGACCCGGACCCGAGCGGGUCCGGGUAGGGUCCGGGUCCGGGUCCUACCCGACGGGCUCUACUCGGCACGUCACAAGUGAUUAGUGAUUUUUGAGUUUGGAAAAUAUACAGUUUUGUAGCUUUCGAAAAUGGCUAUCGAAUGGUGAAAACCGGAACUCGAUAGCUAUUAGUAUUGGUGAAUUAUUAUCAAAACACCGUGGCAUAUAUCUAUCAUAUAUCCAUGAGGUGGGCCCAUGAUCUUGAACACGCUUGGUGCAAGUAAGGAAUCAAUUUAAAAUAUCCUAUCUAAGUCAGUUUUUCAAGCUGAAAACGAAUCUGAAGUCCAUUUUCGUGAUUUCUGUAGAAAUUGUAUGUCUUUGUGGGGUAGGAUCAAUGCUGACUAGGUAGGACAGGCCACAGUGUGGUCCAUGCUAACUUGGCCCCUGAGUUUUUUUGUCUUGACAAUUUAAUGUCAAAAGAUGUACCUUAAAGAGAUCUAUGUCUGGUAAAAAAAGAAGUUUGGGACCGCUUGCACCACUCAAGAAAAGCCCAAAAUACUGCUAUCCCAGAAUGUAGAAUUUCUUGAGAUUUCGAAGAUUUUUGAUCUAUAGCGUUUCUUUUAUCUCAGAUAUGAAUCAUCAAAAUUGGAUAAAUUUGUAGCCUAUACUGUUCCCUAUCUAAUGAGAUGUGGCCGAUCUCAAAUGGUCAAACUAUUCAUGAGAAAAUGUCAAAAUAGUGAGCACACCCAUUUUUAGCGGAUUUUUAGGGUCAAAAUUGACCCCCUUACACUUGUUUUAGCUCCCAUUUUUCAUAGGUAAAACCAAAUGACCUAAUAUUUUGGAUUUAACUAUAGAUUGCCUAGACCUAUCAUUUAAGAAAAUAAAAUCGAAAAAAAAA